AUGUCUACUGCACUUUGGGAUCCGUUCAUGAUCACCCAGCUGCCACGGCUGCCUUCUAAAGGCGGGCUGGGGUCCUCAUGUACGAUAGCACAUAUUGACUCGAUGCUUUCGAUGCAGUUUGACGUGGGAGUUAGCGGGUCGUACAUCGGUUCCUAUAUCACCAAACCAACUCCUAAGAUGAUCUGGUCCUACUCCUUGUCUCCACAAUCGCGUGUGGACUGUUUGGACUCGUUCACAUUUGACGAGUCUGCAGACAAAGAUGAAUCCAAGUUGUUUGUCGCUGGAAUUAACGAAAGAAAAAAGAGUUCCAUGAGAAUAAUCAGCUACGGACGGUCCAAGUCUGAGUCCGAGGACGACAAAAAUACCACAGAAAGCUUAUCUGCAUACAACGAGGAGGAAAGAAACACAGUGGAGCCAGAAGGGCUCAGAGAAGUGCGCUCGAAGGACGUUUCCCUGAAGGAAGACUUGAUUGGACUCCGGAUCUCCAAAGAUGGUAACAACGUUUACACCGUUAGCAAAAAAGGCCGCAUUUGUAUCUGGGAGCUGAAGGUCGAGGACGAGAUCACAGAAAAGGUGAUCUACGAGCUCGAGCCGACAAAGAAAAGAAAUCUUAUCUACCACUGCUUCAUUUCUCCCGAAGAGCUCCAGAUUGAAAAAUCUGAAAAUAUAGAGCAUCUUCUUCUCACCGUGGAAGACAACGGUGGCCUUUUGAACGUUGGACUGUACGCUAUUGACAAAACCAGUGUUUUGGAACUGUCGCAGUCGGUGAUCGAACUGAACAUUUCCGACAACGCUCAAUUCUGCUUCGACCCUUCUGGAAAGCUUCUCAUUUUGGAAAAUGACCAAGAUCUGACUUUACAAGUGUAUUCCGUUCCAUUUGCGAAGAAACUGAGAACCAUUGAGCUCAUCAACGCCUUCAGCACAGAGCCACAAGAACAGCCAAUUUCGAUCGCGGCUGUUUCUACCAACAGAGUUUUAAUUUCCAAGGGAAGCACCAUUGCGCUGGUCGAUAUCCAAUUCGAGGCUCUUCUCGGCUCCAUCGAUCUUUAUCCGAAAUCGAAGAACUCAAAUGGGCUCAAGUUCCCAAGAACUGCCACCAUUCAAAGCUGUGUCAAGGUCAAAGGUAACAGUUUGAGAACCAGAGACACUUUUGCGUUGGUGCUGCUUAAAAGUCCAAAGGACAACUUCACGUCAUUACAACAUCUUUCGGUCGACGUGGGACUUGGAAAACUGACCAACGUUCUGGGAAGAGGCAUCAAGAAAGCCGAAAAACCGGCAUCAAAGUUCGCUGGGUUCCCUACCUUGGUGAACAAAAGCGAAUUCAAGUCCAGCGCAAAGGAAAGCAACUCUUUACAGACCCGUUCCAGACAGUCAAGCACUUUGACUGCUAAGAUGUACGAUACAUUACAGACACUCAAGUCCAAGAAGAAAUACCAGGAGCUGGAGACACAUUUGGUGAAUUUCUUGAAGAAUAUUGACGAAACAGAGUCUUCCGAGCCUAUCCCACAGCAACAGCCGUUCAUGGUUUAUGAGGCCGACCAGGAUCGAGUGGUGGAUCCUGAGUUCAUUCGUCAAGUGCUUUUGCUUUUGCUAGACUUCAAAGACAACAGACUGCAACUGCCAAACUAUGAGGUGGAGAACAGUUUGACGUAUCUUUUAACGCAUCCAUUGUUCCCUCCAGAGCUUGUUCCAGGACUAUUGCAGAGCCUGACUGAGGCUCCAAGAUUGAUGAGACAGGCUAUUGUGACCUGUCCAAACAUCCCAUGUGGUGACCUGAUUGAGCUUUUGAGUGCGGUUGCAGACGAGGAGGUGUUCAAAGACAUCAUUGCCCGUUUGCUUGAGGACUUCUCUAACGAGACCAUCACUCAAGAGACCGCAAAGAUGCUCAAGAAGAACGUUGCAAUUGACUUGGACGGCAUAAUCUCUCGGAUCCUGAAACUAAACUACGGGUAUGAGAUUCUGAACAACUUUAUUGACUCUGAUGGAUUAGUUUUGAGUUUGCAUUACUCUAAAAACCAAACACAGCUCGAGAAUCUGAUUGCCAAGACCCAGGCCAAGGUCGAUGCGUUAGUCACCGACACCCAGCUUCUCACUCUGGUGAACCAGUCGUUGUCCAUUACUGAGCAGAGCCGCAAGAAGAAGCAAAAGAAACGGAAGGACGUCGACAUCAACAACACGUCGAUUGUCGAGGAAACCACUAAUCUGGACUCGCUUCUUCAACUGGCGCCCGGAUCCAUGAAAAAAGACGACAGUCGCAGAAUUCCGUUGUAUUCUGUUGAAAAGCUUAAUAUAUAG